AUGGGACAGCUACCGGUCUACAGGACAGACAUUAAUCAUCCUGCUUUUGCCAACACUGUUUUAGACCUUUUCGGACCAUUUGAAAUCAAACUAGGAAGAAAAACCAUCAAAGAAGCUUGGUGCUGCAUAUUCACCUGCAUGACAAGUAGAGCAGCAAUCCACUUAGAACUUUGUACGGACAGAUCUACAGAUACGUUCUUGAUGGCAUUCAGAAGAUUUUCAUGUAUCAGAGUUAGAAGAUUUUCAUGUAUCAGACAUCCAAAGUUAGUUUGGUCGGACCGUGGGACGAAUUUUGUUGGUUCCCAAAAAUACCUGCAGGAGAUGGUGGAGAGCUGGGACAUACUGAAGAUUAAAUCCAGCGUUUCAGAAUUUGGCACUUCAUUUGAAUGGUGUUGGAAUGUGCCUAAGGCUAGUCACAUGAAUGGAGUCGUGGAAUCACUGAUAAAGUCCGUACGAAGAGCAUUGGAAAGUUCAUGUAAAAUGAUAGCCUACACAGAAGAGCAAUGGAGAACCUACUUAGCUGAAGUAACGUUUCUGGUGAACUCCAGACCCUUAUACCCUGCAUCUGGCAACAUUUGGGAAGAACCUCCCAUCACUCCGAACGACCUGAUCAUAGGACCAAAUUUUGGAGUUCCACAACCCAAAGAAGAAGAGCAAGUCAACCCGAUGCAUCUCAGUAAAAGUGUUCAGAAGAGAGUUUGUCAAUUCUGGCAAUGUUGGAUGAGGUAUUUCGCUCCAAACUUGUUAAUUGGAUCGAAGUGGCACGAGAAGAAAGAUAAUGUUGGAGUUGGUGAUCUUGUAUUAGAAAUCGAUGGGAAUCGCAAGAGAGGUGAGUGGCAAAUGGCGUUGGUGGAGGAACUAUUUCCUGGUGGUGAAUAAUCUUGUUCGUAAAGUAAAGAUUAGAACGUCGAAGGGAGUCUACGAAAGACCCAUAGCGAAGUUAUGCCUAAUUGCAACCCGACAAGAGCUCGAGCAGAAUGAAACUUUAGUACAACAUAGUUAAAAAACACUGAAAAGACAGGCAUAUAGACAGUAAUUUCGUUGCUCAAACGUUGAGCUGUUAACGUUUUCCGCACUGGGGAGGAGUGUUUUGACACUUUAAUAGAACUGCAUAAUGCAUGCUAAUUAUUUGAUAUUUAAUUAUGUUAAUUUUGGUCAUGUGUUGUUUGUUUUAAUCAUAUGAUCGAAAGUCGAGGGAAAUAUCCAACCUCGGUCUUGCUGUAUUGACCUUGCUAUCGUUCGGUCAAUACAGCAAGACCUCGGUUGGAUAUUUUCCCGUACUUCCCUCACUCUCAGUCAGUAAGUUAUUAGUAUAAUCCGAGACGAAGUCGAGGUUUUAUUCAACGAUAUUUACUGAACCUGAGGCGAAUAAUUCAUUGUUUUAGUAUGUAUAACCACAUAAGGUGAUUAUUUGCGGAAAUAAAUACUGAAAAAUACACGUUUCAUACACAAUGAUCUUGUCUAAAAGUACACAUGCACGAGUGACCACGAGUGACUUACGAAUGACCAUGAUUGACCACGAUAAAAUAAUAAUAAAAACUAUUUUAAAAGACGAAAUUUACUGAUUGAACACAUUAACAAUGCUCUCCUGAACAUUGCAAUUUGCUACGUUUGUGCUGAAAGUCUGUUACCAUGGCAACAGCGUGCUUGGUUAAAACUCAAAAUUUGUCUUUCUCCGGCAAUUUUAAAAUUUCCCUUCCCUAUUUUUGUUAAGCCAAUAUUAUGAAAUGUGCAAAGUUUGUAAAAAUUAGUGAAGGCAAGGGAGAAAUUUAGGUUUAAUUUUGUUUAAUUUGACUAAAGAAACAGGAGCUUUUUUGGAUACUAUAGUGCAGUAUAAUGCAAAAAUUCUAGGGAGCCACCUUAAAAUAAUUUUUAUUAUAUCAAUGAUUUUUAAAUACAGAAAUCACUUGUGGUCAUUCGUGUGUACUUUUAGACAAGAUCCAAAAAACCACAAUUUUCAAAAACGCUUUAGCUGAUUAUUGCUUUUUAUAAUCCGAGGUAGCGCAACCGAUCAGCGUGGAUUAUUUUUUUUGAAUACAGAUUCUCUUGGUUUAAAUUGGGAGUUAGAAGAAUUGAAGGAUACUGGUAUCUCAGAAACAGAUGGAAACAGAUUGACACAAGAGGAGAUUAAUCUGAUACAUGAAAAAGAAAACGAUAUUAUUCAUAUUGCGAAAGGUAUACUGUAUAUUAAUUGGCAUGCAAUUAUUUAGACUAUACUAAAAUUCUAUUGCAUGUCAUUUUCAUUGACCAUUGUAUUGGAGGAAAAUAUGAUCAAAAUAUAAAUUGUAAUAAUUCACAGUUAUUAAUUUAUUUAUCGUAGACAAAAUAAGUGAUGCGACGCCGAUGGAUACAGCUGAGGAUCACGAAAAGUCACAUAUAUAGACACACUGAAAUUUCAAAUGUGAGUGCUGUUUUUUAAGCAUUGUAAGUUGUUGCAGGGUAUCAGCGAAUAGAGCCGUAUGCGCUGACAAGACAAGAACUGGCCAUGGCAUGGGCCAGUGGCAAAGCCAGCCCGACAAUUUGGUCAUGCUAUGCAAAUUUUAAAUCAUUAAUUUCUUUACAAAUUGAUUGUUUUCACGGUGUAUGUUCAGUAUGUAUAUGAACACGGAAAUAUUUGCAUAGCAUGACCAAAUUGUCGGGCUGGCUUCGACACUGGCAUGGGCACAAAUGUGUCCGUUGCUUUAUACGUAAAUAUAUAUAUUUCAAAAUUUUAAUUGGUUCCGGUUUUAAAUUGUUCAAAAACCAAUUUAAUUAAUUUGAUUUAAAUGAUCUAAUCUGAACAUUUCAAAAAUAUUGCAGUGUCUCAUACCAGGAACAAAACAACUCUGGCAAGGCUUGAGUCCGAAUAAAAAACAAUAUUUUGAAAAGGUAAAUGUGUAUGUAAUUACGUAGUUUCAGAGGCGAUGCUAUAGCUAUGCAUGGCAAUGCUAAUCUAAUAGUAAUAUAAGCGGUAGUCUUUUUACAAUAAAUUAAUUGUUAGGUCCAUAUUAAAUAUAUAUAGAUAUAGGUUAUAGGCAUGGCCCAUAACUUUCGUACGCGAAACAAAGAAACAUGAUGGCAGACUCAGUUCUUUUCAUUUUCUAAAUUGAUAGAAUUUUGAUGCUGCCCAGAAAUUCGCUCGCUCAAAAAAAACCCAAACCAUCAGGAAAAUGCUCCGCAGUCAAGUUCAAAUGAUAGCAGUGACGAGUUUGAUGAAACAGUGGCAGAUCAAACUCCCUCAACAUCAUAUGCUGGUAAGAAACAAGAUAAAUACAAGGAUGACAUAAAUUUUCGUUUACCUCAAAAAAACCACUACAGCCUGUUUUAUCCGUAUAUGAAUCGUCAGGUGGUUGAGAAAUAUAUAGAUAAUAUAUAUCUUCUUCGCAAAGUUCAUCGGUUUCAUACAUUCAGACGCCGGUGGUCCGUUCAUUCAACCAGCCUAUGACCUAUGUAUAUGACUAGGUAUAUAAUAUCUCAAAUUUAACAUAUUAUAGGUUUCAAGAAGGGACUAUUCUCAGAAGGGACCAUUGGUGUUUUACCAAGACGGGGUAUGUAUAUUUUAUGAAUUAUGACCUUUACCAGCCAACGCGUACAUGCAUAUAGACUGAUAUGUGCCGUUUAUACAAACCGUGUUAAUGUCAUGAAAACACUACUACUUGUACUAGACUGUGAUCGAAUGUUGAGUUAAGCCCAUCUAUUAAUCAUGAAUCUAUCUCUGUAGUACGAACUAAAGUAACAAAGGACACUUCUGAACUUUGUAAAAAAUGUGGCUUGUUCUCACCUCAGAAGAAUUGGUCAGGCAUUUGGGUGCAAUGCGACAAAUGUGACAGCUGGUUCCACAUGUAAGUUGCAGAAAAUUUCCACAUCAAAUAACAAUUAUAUAUAGUACGCGAGUUUUAUACGUCAUUGAAAUAUACUGUUAAAAUCUAUUUGUCUAGGCAAUGCACAAAUCUGAAAAGAUGGCCUAGAAAGAAUCAAGAAUGGUACUGUGGUACAUGUCAGGAGACUAGAAACUAA